CCUCCCCUUUUCUCCUUUCCAUUUUGUGCUGAUUCGAUCUUUGUUGAAUCCAUGUCAUGCUUCUUCAAUUUCCUGGUUUAGGCCUAGUAGGCACAAGGGAUUAACUCCCUGCAUCUUCUUAUGAAUGCUUGUGCUUAAACCUUUCGCCCCAUUUCCAAGCGGGAGCUAAGCAACAUUUCAAGGUUUAAUCAUGGCUGGCACUCUUGAAAGACAAGUUAAAGCAGGUCUAGAAAAAUCUGAUGUAGAAAAUUUUGAGGAUGAGUGCAAGCCAAGAAAGCUGGGGUCUAUCAGGAAGAAGGCAAUCACUGCCUCAUACAUGUUCAGGCAUUCUUUGAGGAAGAAGAGUCGGAGACACAGCAGAGUUAUGUCUGUUGCUUUCGAUGAUGACCUUGAUGUAGAGGAUAUUCAGGCCGUAGAUGCUUUUCGUCAAGCACUUAUCUUGGAGGAAUUGCUACCUGAUAGACUUGAUGAUCAGUAUAUGAUGCUAAGAUUUCUAAGGGCAAGGAAACAUGAUAUUGAGAAAGCAAAGCAAAUGUGGGCUGACAUGCUUAAUUGGAGGAAGGAGUUUGGUGCUGAUACAAUCAUGGAGGACUUCGAUUUUGAGGAAUACGAUGAAGUUAUUAACUACUAUCCACAAGGAUACCAUGGAGUUGACAAGGAUGGAAGACCAGUAUACAUUGAAAGACUUGGUCUGGUUGAUUCUAGCAAGCUGAUGCAAGUAACAACAAUAGACCGAUAUCUGAAGUACCAUGUAAAAGAAUUUGAGAAGACAUUUUCUUACAAGUUCCCUGCCUGUACAAUUGCAGCAAAGAGACACAUUGAUCAGAGCACAACCAUUUUGGAUGUACAAGGAGUGGGACUUAAGAACUUCAACAAGACUGCAAGGGAUCUCAUUCAGCGUCUUCAGAAGAUUGAUGGUGAAAAUUAUCCAGAGACUCUGAACCGUAUGUUUAUCAUCAAUGCUGGUUCUGGAUUCAGGCUCCUAUGGAACACAGUUAAAUCAUUCCUUGACCCUAAAACCACCGGAAAAAUCCAUGUUCUUAGUAACAAAUACCAGAGCAAAUUGCUUGAAAUCAUCAAUGCUGAUGAGCUGCCAGAGUUUCUGGGUGGUACUUGUACCUGUUCAGACAAAGGUGGAUGCAUGCGUUCUGAUAAGGGUCCUUGGAAUGAUCCAGAAGUAAUUAAGAAAAUUCGUUAUGGCGUGGCUAAAAACCCAAAGAGAUUUUCUACAGGCGCUGAAGAGAAGGCAAUCUCUGAAGAUGAGAAAUCAUCUAAGAGAAGUGAAGCUGCUGAUACGCAUGUGGAAUAUCCAUCACUUUUUCCUCCUGUUAAUGAAGUAAGAUUUCUGUAUUUGAAUCAAUAGAUCAAAUAUUACAGUUGCUGCUUUCUGAUUCCCUGCAAAGUUUUCUGCUUUCUGGAUUUCUUCAUCACUUAACAAAAGUAUUGCAUCUUUGUAAAUUGCAGGCUAACAAGAACAAUAUGUGCUUUGAUUCUUUUGACAAUGAAAAGCCUCCAGUAGC